ACAAGUGAAUGCACUUACUUUCUGGAUCAUUUGUUGGUUCUCAAGAUGAUAUUUAUGAACACCCUAAAAUACCUCCAGAGUAAUGAAUUUCUCUUGGAUGUGGAUUUGUGGAGACUUUUUGCAAACUUAGAGGAGUUAAACAAGAUAAGUCUCAGUUUUCUGAAAACUUUUUUUCAAACUGUGAAGGAGCAUAUCAGCAAGUCAGAGUCUCCCUUGGAUUUCAGUUCCAUACUCAGAACGUUUUUCCAGGGUGACCUCUGCCAGACACACCAGAUUUAUUGCCUUAAUUAUACUUCUGCUGUCUUCUACUUGGAAAAACUGAGACUGAGAGAAGAUUUUGGCAUCUACCUGAAAUGGUGUGAACAAAAUGAACAGUGCAAGAGGUUGCAUUUGCCAGAGCUGCUGGUCGCUCCUCUGCAUCGACUGACGCGCUAUCCUCUCCUCCUUAACAACAUCUGGAAGAGGAGCACUGAUGAAACAGAGAAAGGCCUUAUCCAGUCACUUAAGGAGAAAGUGGAAAAGUCCAUAAGGGACCUGGAAGGUAAAGUCAAGUGGUUGGACAACUUUCAGAAGUUCAGGCAGCUGCAAGAGGUCAUAAUUUGGCCUCAGGUCUGGGAUCGUGACAAAAGGUUCUUUGUCCCAGAGGGUUUGAAGCAAAGCUUAAGAGAAAACAGCAGUGAAAACAUUUUGUCUUCGGCGAACAGGCGUCUCCUUCAUGAAGGGAGGCUGAUGUUAGCAGAAAGCACAAGACUCCUUGAUGUCUACCUCUUCCUAUUCGAUGAUUUCCUACUAAUUACCAAAAUUAAACGUAACAAAAAGAAAUAUGGGGGCUCAGACACCAGCUUAAUCUCUGUCUGUCCUUCCCUCACUCCUGAGCUGCAGUCCAUCAUAAGAGAGGGUGGAUUUUGCACAGUCCUGGACCAGCCCAUCCCACUAGACAGACUGAGACUGAAAAACAUUGAACCCAUCCAAGUUACAGUCUUCAGCCUGCGAAAUGCUUUCCUAAUACAGCACGAAAACAGGUAUCGGCAGUGUAUAGCGGUCUUCUUGCUACAAGCUCCAACAGAGACUGCCAAGAAAGCAUGGAAGUCACAGAUAGAAAUGGCAAUUGCUAAUUACACCACAAGACAUGAAACCAAGAAAAGCACUGAGUUCUGCUUCCCAGUUGAAUCCUCUGAAAUUUAAUAAUGCCAGCACUGCACUGACACAGCCAGUCGAAGAUUGCUGUGGUGAUAACACAGUUAUCUCUUCCAGACUGCCUUAAGUUUCUGAAACUAACAGAUUUCUGACUUGACAAAAGUCAGCAGUUCGGACCAUGCCAUGUAGGAAUAAAUUGGAGGGGGAGAAUGAGACAUGAAACAAAUGUAUGGUUCCUAGAAGCUAUUUUGCUUUAUUUAGGGAAGACUGUGUCCAUCCAAGGAAGCUUUAAUACAGCUUGUAAUUUCCUAGAAAGCGUGACAGGAAAAAAACCCUAUGUUGGUGAGGAGAAUUCAUUCACCAGAGAAGUCUAGAAGGCUUAUUCCAUCAUUCAAACUGUAUUAAUAAAUUUCAUUAAACUACAAUUGUGUAGCCAUAGCUCC